CAGAAUGAUUUUGUGAUAGUGACCGGAGUGGACGUAUAAAACGAAGAAAGAACGUAACGUAAAGUAAUGCGACGCAGUGCAACGUAAAUUAUCAACAAAUCCUGAUCGGUCAUCAGCGAGAAGAAGGAUUAUUCGCUUAACGAGACAAGAUCCUGAAACGUUCCCUUGUCCAUGUGCGAUUAUCACGCGUCUUCGCGCCGCGCUCGCCAAUAUAGGUUAUAGUAUCACGCACACGAGAUCAGGAUAAUAACGGACCGGAGGACAGACCGAUAGAGAGGGAGAGAGUGAGUGCGUGUUUAAGAUAUCGAUCUUUCGUUAUCUUCAAGCGAAACGUAGCCGCGAACGAUAACAGAAAUCGAAGGCGACGUUAGAACGGCAGAGAAGAAAAGUGUGAGAUAAUCGUCACCGCACAGAUCGCUGUUAAUUAUGACGACCGUAGACGCAGAUGAUGAUAUCGAGAAACUGCCACAUAUACAAUGGGAUAAUACGACGGUUCCCGGGCCAUCCGGUUGUAUGUUUCCUGGUGAACUGACACCGUUGGAAUGCCAAAUAGCCGGUCAUCCCUUCAGUGGCGAAAGACAGACUAUCGGCAUGCUGGUUUGCAGACGGACUGGUCACAUACUGAAACCAGCGACUAAAAUAAUCAUUGGAGAAAGAGAAAUUGCAUUCUACGAGAGCUUGAAGAAUUCUCAUGAUCCCGUCGCAUUGGAAUUAAAAAAAUUCGUUCCACGUUAUUAUGGCACAACAGAACUACGUGUUUUUAAUAACCGUACGAAAUUCCUCAUACUUAGGAAUAUUACAAAGGGCAUGGCCGAGCCAUGUGUGAUAGAUAUCAAGAUUGGUUUUCGCACGUGGGAUCCUUUGGCCACACCAGAGAAAAGGAGAACGGAAGAACUUAAGUAUGCCGAAUCGAAGCGUACUUAUGGUUUUUGUAUAACAGGUUAUCAAGUAUAUUCUGUCUUAUCUGGACGAUUAAGGAAAUAUGACAGAGAUUAUGGCAAGCUACUCGGUGUCGAGGGCGUCGUGGAAGCACUAGAAGAUUUCUUGAACAAGAUACCUGGAAAGUCAGUCUGCCAGCAAUUGGUCUCCGAAAUUUUGACAUACCUGUACAAGAUCGAACGAUUCUUCAACAUGCAGCGGAAAUAUUGCUUCUAUUCCAGCUCACUUCUGGUCGCCUACGAUGCUCAACAUUUACGACAGUAUUGUUCAUUGAAAGAUGAUUGUUCUGUCUCUCAUUCAGCGCCGAAAUUCGACAAAGAAACGAUAUGUGAGUCAGUUCCCCCAUUAACAGUACCUGGAAUGCAUCCGAAUUCAUCUGAAACGGACGAUUUAACGUUUCGUCCAAAGAUAAAAAAAAGCUUAAGCGAGCCUAUGUCGAUGCCAAGCGAAAAUAUACCUAAUCAAAGCGAAACUCGCAAUUUAAACAUGGACCGGUUAUGCCAGUCUAGUCCGAGCCAAUUUUCACUUUCGUGUACAAACGAUGUUACGCAGAAUGAUGAUGAAAACGCGGAGAACAAAUGGGUCAGAGUGAAAAUGAUCGAUUUUACACACGUCUUCCCGGGUGAGAAUAACGACUUGGAUCGAAACUACCGAGAUGGCAUCCAGAUGCUAAUCCAGCUCUUAAGUCUGAUUAAGAAAAGCGAUUGCAUGCAUUAAAGUUUGCUUAUCGAAGAAUGUAUUACUUGUGACGAUGUUCGCGGAAGUGAACAGAGAAGAUUAAAGAAGAUAAUUCAGAUAAAAAUAUGUUAAUAUAACGAUGUGUCAUUCAUGUUAUCGGAUAUCGGAACGACAUCGGGAGGACAUGAUAAAUCGAUAAGACUAGAUUUCUGAUCUAUCAACUGAUCUAUCAUCUGAUUUAUCAACAAUCGUCAGAGAAGGCACUACUCAUCGUCGAAAGCUGUUGCGAUAACUCUUUGGAGAAGAAGAAAUAUUAAAAUCUAAAUAAAUACUAAAGUAUUUAAUAUCGGGGUUGGAAAGUUGCGAUUUAAUAAAAACUGUAAGCAACAUAUUUAUUUCGAAGGUCGGAUUUCAAUGAUAAUUACUAUAGAAUGAAAACAUCGUGAACAAGAAUCAUUCCGCGAGAUUGAAAAUUUAAGAUAUAAUCAGAGAGCCUAAUUGGAUACGCAAUUAAUUCUGAAAAGGAUUCCAAAAAAUGUCUUCUCUAGAAUAUAAUAAUUAAGACUUUUAUACUUUGCCAAAAGAAUUGUAAUGCGAUGUAUAGAUUAUAGCAAUUUCGUACAUUUGACUCUUCACAGUUAUCAUGUGAAGAUUUUACAAAUUUAGAGCUGGGCAUAAUGAGAAAACAAGGAAGAUGGAGAACACCGUAUUCUAAAUAUUCAAUUCUCAUUUGAGUGAAUUUCACUAUACGACGACAAUAAGUCGCACUUCAAAAAAAAAAUACAUAUGCCACAUUACAGUGGCGAGAAGUUCUUCAAUGAUAUCAUUAUUAAUUCUGCCAUGUUACAUAUAUUUAUAUUACACGCAUUACGUGAUAAAAAGUGCAGAUAUUGUAAUUAUAACAGCAAUAAAACAUUACGAUGUAAAAAGUG